AGGUGGGCGGUGGAGCAGAACUGCUGUGCUGGGGUGGUGGGCACCGAGGUGAGAGUCCCGGGCCCAGGAGGCGUCGCCGUGGCUCCGAAAAGGACAUGGAGUGAAACUAUGUAGCCUUUUAAGAGACUCUCUUUGCCCCAUCUGAAGUCCAUAUGGCUCUGUAUGAUGAAGAUCUCCUGAAAAAUCCUUUCUAUUUGGCUCUUCAAAAGUGGCGUCCUGACUUAUGCAACAAGGUGGCCCAAACCCAUGGCAUUGUCCUGGUGCCCUGCAAAGGAAGCUUGCCGAGCAGCGUUCAGUCCACUUGUCAGUUUGAGUCCUACAUUUUGAUACCCGUGGAAGAACACUUUCAGACCUUAAAUGGAAAGGAUGUCUUUAUACAAGGAAACAGGAUUAAAUUAGGAGCUGGUUUCGCCUGUCUUCUCUCAGUGCCCAUUCUCUUUGAAGAAACUUUCUACAAUGAGAAAGAAGAAAGUUUCAGCAUACUUUGUAUAGCCCAUCCUUUGGAAAAGAGAGAGAGUUCAGAAGAGCCUUCAACAUCUUCAGAUCCCUUUACCCUGAAAACCAUCGAAGAUGUGAGGGAGUUUUUGGGACGACACACGGAGAGAUUUGACAGGAGCAUUGCUUCUUUCCAGCGAACGUUCAAGGAAUGUGAAAGAAAGAGCCUCCGUCAACACAUAGACUCGGUGAAUGCUCUCUACACCAAAUGCCUCCAGCAGCUUCUGAGGGACUCUCACCUGAAAAUGCUUGCCAAGCAGGAGGCCCAGAUGAAUCUGCUGAAGCAGGCAGUGGAGAUGUACGUCCAGCAUGAUAUUUAUGAUCUGAUCUUUAAAUAUGUGGGGACCAUGGAGGCAAGCGAGGAUGCUGCCUUCAACAAAAUCACGAGAAGCCUUCAAGAUCUUCAGCAGAAGGACAUUGGCGUGAAACCUGAGUGCAGCUUCAACAUACCUCGUGCAAAGAGAGAGCUGGCUCAGCUGAACAAGUGCACCUCCCCACAGCAGAAGUUGAUUUGUUUGCGAAAGGUGGUGCAGCUAAUAACCCAGUCUCCCAGCCAGAGAGGUUUGUGCUCAGGGGAGGGGCCUGGCGGUGGAGUAGACACUGUGCGUUACCUUCUGGAGUGGACGGAGGAGGACCUGGAUGAAUUGGAGGAUGCUGUCAGCAUAGGCGAUGUUGAAUUUUGUCACCCCUUGUGCCAGUGCCCGAAAUGUGCUCCAGCUCAAAAGGCUGAUGGGUCUACAUGGACAUCUUGUGACAAGUUGACAAAACAGAUUGUUGGGUUUCUCCUGCAGGAGUCGGAGGGAUUUGGUGACCGACUAUUCCUGAAGCAGAGAAUGAGCCUGCUGUCUCAGAUGACUUCAACUCCCAUUGAUUGUCUGUUUAAGCACAUUGCGUCCGGGAACCAGAAAGAAGUGGAGAGACUUCUGAGCCAAGAUGACCAAGAUAAAGAUGCCAUCCAAAGGAUGUGUCACCCUCUGUGUUUCUGUGAGAACUGUGAGAAACUUGUCUCUGGGAGGCUGAACGAUCCCUCCAUUGUCACUCCAUUUUCCAGAGAUGACAGGGGUCACACACCGCUCCAUGUGGCCGCCCUCUGUGGGCAGGCAUCCCUCAUCGACUUCCUGGUUUCCAGGGGCGCGGUGGUAAAUGCCACGGACUAUCACGGGUCGGCCCCGCUGCAUCUCGCCUGCCAGAAGGGCUAUCAGAGCGUCACGUUGCUGUUACUGCACUACAGAGCCAGCCCCGAGGUGCGGGACAGCCACGGCAGCACGCCUCUCCACCUGGCCUGCACCUACGGCCACGAAGACUGUGUGAAGGCUCUGGUCUACUAUGACGUGCAGUCGUGCAGACUGGAUAUUUGUAACGAGAAGGGAGACACCCCACUACACAUAGCCGCACGUUGGGGCUACCAAGGCAUCAUAGAGACGUUGCUACAAAACGGGGCCUCCACGGAGAUCCAGAACAGACUGAAAGAAACACCCCUCAAGUGUGCACUAAACUCAAAGAUUCUGUCGAUAAUGGAAGCUUAUCAUCUGCCCUUGGAAAGGAGGAGGAAGUCUUCAGAGGUCCCGGUGCAGCCCCCUCAGCGCCCCGUGGACUCCAUGAGCCAGGCCUCCUCCACCCCCAGCUUCUCCUCUGUGUUGGCGCGCUCCAGACGGCAGGAGCCCAAGAAGGACUACAGAGAGGUAGAAAAACUUUUAAGAGCGGUUGCCGAUGGAGAUCUAGAAAUGAAGCUGGCAAAGAUUCCUGCCAGUGGACUUGGUGUGAAUGUGACCAACCAGGACGGCUCCUCCCCAUUGCAUGUUGCUGCUCUGCAUGGGCGGGUGGACCUCGUCCCCCUGCUGUUGAAACAUGGUGCCAGUGUGGGUGCCAGAAACGUAAACCAAGCUGUCCCGCUCCACCUGGCCUGCCAGAAGGGCCACUUCCAGGUGGUGAGGUGUCUAUUGGAUUCUAAUGCAAAACCCAAUAAAAAGGAUAUAAGUGGAAACACACCCCUCAUUUACGCCUGUUCCAAUGGCCACCAUGAAGUCGCGGCACUGCUGUUACAGCACGGGGCCUCCAUUAACCUCUCUAACAAUAAGGGUAACACAGCACUGCAUGAGGCGGUGAUAGAAAAGCAUGUCUUCGUGGUGGAGCUGCUUCUGCUUCAUGGGGCAUCAGUUCAGGUCUUGAACAAGAGACAGUGCACCGCGGUAGACUGUGCUGAACAGAAUUCAAAAAUAAUGGAAUUACUUCAGGUAGUACCGAGCUGUGUGGCCUCAGUAGACGAUGUUGGCGAAACAGACCACAAGGAGUACGUUACUGUUAAGAUCAGGAAAAAAUGGAACUCAAAAAUGUACAAUCUACCAGAUGAACCUUUUACCAGACAGUUUUACUUUGUCCGCUCAGGUGGUCAGUUUAAAGGAAGGACUUCAAGGGAGAUUGUGGCAAGAGAUAGGAGUGUCCCUAAUUUUACUGAAGACUCUUUAUAUGAGCCAGGGAGGCAAAGAGUCACAGGGAAACAGAACCACCUGCCAGACCAGAGCAGAUCUGAGAGUGCUGACAGAGGGCACGGCAAUCAGCCCGAGGGGCCUGGACCGAAACGAAGUGUUCCUGCAAACAGGCGGAUGCUACGUAGACACACAGUCGAGGACACAGUCGUAUCCCAGAACCCAGGGACUGCCGACCACCUAGCCACUUCCAGAGAGGCUGAUGUCACGUCCCAGUCUUAGUGGUGAUAAGCAGUUGUUACAUUGGCUGCCAAGAAGUGAGUCCUCGGCAGGGAGGUGCCAAGCAGGAACACAGCUGGGAACUGAAAUGUACUUUGUUGGAUUUGCGAGAAAAGCAGAAAGUUCCUGAAAGCUGUUCUGUGGCUGAGGGAAGUAAUGCGACCAAGAAAACGAUCACUGUCUCUUUUCUCUCCAAAGCUGGUGCGUGCGCUGGAAAAGGAGUGCACACCGACUUCAGCAGUGUCCAGAUCCUUAAGAGCAGGCGUAGGUUUCUUCUGAAGUGGCAGGAGCUCCCUGGCUCCCGUGCGAGGUUUCACGACCAGAUUCUGACCUCCUCCUAACGAAAGGUGCUAACCUCCGUGAUGUGGACAAACGAGCAAACCAUAGGCCGAAAGAAUUCCUCCAUCUGGGAUCAGCUGAAGAGAAGCAAUUUAGGUUUCAUGGUACCAUGGAGGCCAGGCAGAAGCGACACGUGGGAAUGAGGAAAAGAGGACUGGAAAAUAUUCCUUUGCAAAGCAACACUUGAACCCAAAGAUGCCUACAUGCCGUUGUGAUGUUCAUUUUAAUGAAAAGGACAUUUAGGACCUAUUCUACACUAUGUAUGUGGGAAAAGUUGUGUAUAAUUUUUCUUCCAACAAAGUAAGUACAGAUAUUUGAUCACUGCACCUGUAUCAAUCUCUCGAGACACAUGCCCUUCCGUUAAAACCCUCCCUUAGAUGUCACACCUGACUGAUGGUUACCGAACAAGAGAGAUUUGGCACAUCUUUUCUUAGUCUUUUGAUUCAGAUUCAAAACUUACAGCACAAACCAGGUGAGAGUUACUUUCAGUUAGAAUUUAUUGCCAUUUAUUCCUUUUUAUAAAUUUCUAUAGAUUAUACUCUUAUUUUUUUAUGUUACUAAUUGGCCUACAGCCGCAAACAUGGGUUUGUCCUGAGUACAUUUUCAAGUAACUUUGUAAUACAGAAAUGGUUUUGUGCAUGUUCUUGGAAAUACUUGUGUAUGUAUAGAAGGGAGGGGCUGAUUAUUUUUCUACAAAGUAAUUUAUGAUUUCUAAUUUUCUAACGUGCCUUGGAUAUGUGUCAAAUGAUGGGAAAGAAACAGUAAACUUUAUGAUUCUUGAACGUGUCAUGGUACACUUUUUUAGUUAAUGUCUUGUUCUGUAGAGAGAGGUAUUUUGCAGCCUGUCUGCUAUAAACAUGUGCUCUGUGUAUGGAAAGAUCUUCUCCCAUUGGAUGGAUAUACGUUUUUCAGUUCCUGAUGUCACUGAAAUAUGUAAACUGGAUCAUUCAGAGCAGACCAUUAUCCAUUCACCUGCUUAGGCCUGACUUAAUCUAGUAGGUGCAAUAACUAGGGCCCACAAAAAUGUUUUUUAAAAAAAUCAGAUAAAAAAUGUAAUACAGCUUCUUAGCCCAAAAAGAAAAUUAGCACUGUUGCUCUGCAAAUUUCUUUGUUCUAUUUUUCCUUUUUCUCCCAGUUUUAAAACAAAGCCACCUUAUUGGCAAGUUGUUGUGGUUUGCUCCCACCCUAAUUAAGAAACUUAUCAGCACAGCCAAGUUGCAAAUACACACAUUUAGUAUCACCUAUUUUUUGGGGUAGUGCAAUAUAAUUUUGAAAACUUUCGUGUAUACCCACGUAUUUAUUUCUAACAAUCCCCCUGAUUGGUAAAAUUGUCAAAUGAAGAAACAGGUUCAGAGAAAGAAGGGGGCUGAUUUGCUUGCACUAUCAGAGCUGCAGUCAAGGCCUACUUGGUGGAGUCAUGUGAACUGGCAGUUUCCAAUGUGGUGUGUUCUUCUGGAGAUAUAAAUACCUUGAAUGAGACUGUUUUAGGGGAGAAGCUGCUUCUUGAGCUACUCAGCAGGGUGAGCUACCCAAAGUGACCAGCUCAAUUAUUUUUAAAAACACUUGUUUUUCUACAACUUGCUUUCCCACUUAAAACUAAACUUGAUUUGACAACUCAGAAAUUGGUAAUGCCCAAAUUUCUAUUCUGUUUAAGAAUGGUUUGAAUUCAAAGUAUUGUCAAUUAAAUUAGAAUAACCACUCCCCAUUUCCUAGACCAAAAUAUACUCCACCCCCUUUCUGCCUUCCAGAACUUUUAUCCGUGUGUACAGAACCACUUUCCAUCCUCAACGGUCUCUGGAGGACAGGACAGGGGGUUGACAGUUUAAACACAUUCACAUAGGUAUUUGCCAUCGGGACAGUGGUUAUUCUGUAGGAAGAAGCAUGUGACAAAACUUGCUGGGAAUUCUCUAGUCUCCCUCUAGCGUUUUUAUGUAAAUGAGACCUGAAGCAAAGUUCACCUGUAAUAGGGAUGUUUUUUAAAAUCCCUGAGGGAAAUUUACGUGACUAUCUAAUUCUGUUCCUUAAAAAAAAAAAAAAAAAAAAAUUUGAUGGAACAGUUCUACUCAUUCGUUUAUUUGGGAAUGCUAGAUGCUUCAACACUGACUUUUUUCGUGGGCUGUAGUUCCAAAUUUCAAGCCUCAAAAACAGUAACCUCUCAAAUACACAAUUUAAACAUAGAUCAGCAGUAUGCUAGCUAGAGCAGAGACUGGGAUUGUAAACUACUUUUCCUGUUACUCUCCUGCUACUAAUUCUAGUCACCUCAUAAAAUGUUAUGGACGUCCUCCUGGGGCUGGAACCUCUUAAGUUUACACCAGACAACACACCGGACAGGUCAAUUUACUCAUACAAGUUUCAAAACCUAGUGGGAGGACAACGUAAGAGAUGCCAUUUAAGUUACCUGCCACUUUAUCAGUGAAGAACUCAGAAUAUUUCUACCAAAAUGUUUAACUGCUAAACUGUCUCAGCUGGAUUUUAAUCAUUAGAAGGCACUUCUCUUACCAACAUGUUUAUUACUGUUGAAGUAUUACUACCAGUAUCUCCAGUUACUGUGGUAAUUUUCUGCAAUUCAGGUAUCACUCUAGUUACAGACUGUCUUGGGUAGGGGGGAUAUUUGUCAGAUCAUUUGAUCUCAAUGCCUUUGAAAAGCAGAUUAUAAAUGAAACCAAAGCUAUGAAUUUUCUUAUAUUAAAUGUGAAUACUACCUUCAGGAAGAAUAGUUUUCAGAACCUAGGUCUAAGUAUUAAGAUAUUAAAGUUGAUUCCUCUUAAUCCGUGGGUUUUAACUACCAUGAUGUUACUGGAUGCUAUUUUCUUCUUACUGAAGAGUAAGCUGGCUUCUAUUUCUGCAAAGGCCAUUUUCCUACCUAACACUAACAUCACAUUUACAGAGGAUGUAUUCAUGCUGCUACACGUUUCAAAACUUUUGGUGGGAAAGAAAAAAUUCAAAAUGCAGAUCUGUUCCUUCAGCUAUGGUACAAAAACAACUCUGCCCAAAUUGUUUUAUUUUGCAUAACAAGUUUAUUUUUUUAAAAGGCAUAUAUAGACAAUAAACAAAGUAAACAAUCA